AUGUCACCCCCGACUCCGUUCCCUCAUCGUCAACGCACGUAUACGCCAAUUAUGGAAGAUGAAGCUGACGUCCCGAAUCCACUCGAUGCUCCUCUCUUCUUUGUACCACCUGCGGCCCCCGAGCUAGAUCUUCACACUCGACUUGGAUUCGACUGUCUUGAGACGACACUCGAGAUCAAACCUUCCCUGGGCGAAGAAUGCAAGGCACUAGACAUCAGCAACCACAACAAUCACUUAACCCCUGAUGUUAUACGUGAAGGCGGCGAUGACUGGAUCGAAUUCUACUGGACUAUGGUCGACUUGAUAAUCCUAGGAGAAAGCACAAUGACUGACCCCAGAGAUCCCGAAGCGAACAGGAAAUGGCCAAAUGCAAACUUUAAUGCUACGCUGUUCAUAGAGCGCUUUUUCGCUCCUGGUGACGAUAUGCCAGUAUACAAUAUCAACAAUGGUGGAUUCCAAGUCUGGCUGCAGGGGUGGAGAGCAGCGACUGGAGUGCAGCCUUACGNNGACCAGGGAGAGACGGAAGGCAACGCCGUACCCUCCAGAGCAGAAGUAGCCGCCUACAAAAACCAACGCGAACGGCAUAACCUCAACCUCGAAAGGGGAUUCGGUACACGAACUGGCGUCAGCUUCGAAAUCUUCAUCAUGUGGGACUUCAAUGCAACCGCACCAGAAGGAGAAUCCACUAUUCCUAGAGUAUCUGCAGCAAACAUACGCUUCCUCUUCGAUAUCGUCGAGUCUUUUCCAGAAGAGCAUUGGGAAUGUUUGGCGGUGCAUUUCGUCUUCAAAGAUAUCCGCAGAGGUCUUUAUACCCAUGAUGCCAGCUCAAAACGCAAGUACGACCACGAUAAUAGACUUGGCGGUGUAUGGACAGCGAUCAUCCAGUCAGCUAUAGCGAAAGCAAAGAAAUUGACCCUGGACUACGAGUUGCAAGGACUUGAACCAGAUUACGACGCUAUUCUACCCAAGAAAUGGGUGCUCGCCAAUGCGGUCAAGAGAGAUAUGCAAAGGACUUGGGGCAAGUUAGCAUGGUUGGACCGAGGAAUGUUGAAGUUCAUAAUGUUUGACGCGUUCAAGGAAGGACCGAGAUAUCGUUGA